AUGAAGUUCAACCCUGAUGUAUCCUCUUCCAGACGCAAAUCGCGCAAGGCGCACUUUUCCGCGCCGUCCUCCAUUCGCCGUAAAAUUAUGUCCUCCGCCUUGUCAAAGGAGCUUCGCGGAAAGUACAACACACGGUCAUUACCAAUUCGCAAGGAAGACGAGGUCCGGAUUGUGAGAGGCAAAUACAAGGGUCGGGAGGGCAAGGUCACACAAGUGUAUCGUAAGAAGUGGGUGGUCCAUGUGGAUCGGGUCCAGCGCGACAAGUCAAACGGUGCCAGCGUACCAAUUGGUGUCCACCCUAGCAAUUUGGUCAUCACAACCAUCAAAUUGGAUAAGGACCGGCGAGCGAUUCUCGAACGAAAGGAUCGUAAGAAAAACAGCAAAUCGAGCGACGACGUUGAGAUGGUUGAUGUAUGUUUUAUAUGUUUCUUACCCAUUCGUCUGAUUAACGUGACGAACAUCAUAGUGAUGCUUGAAUUUCUCUAUUUCUUGCUGUUUUCCCCGCGUACCCGUACCAUCAAAACAUUCCAUGUAUGUACACCCACGCACAUGAUAUGCCCCGCCCGCCAAUGA